AUGCCGUCGUCGGCGGAGGCGGUGAAGGCUGUGAAGCCACGCUCGAAGCUGCAGUGGCUUAAACGCCUCACAGCCGAUCUGGACGACGAUGAAGACUCGUCCGACACAACUCCCCAGCCCACUCCACAGAAGCCGCCAAGGACGCAGGAAAAGAAUCCUCCGCUAAAGGAGCCGGGCUUAGAGGACGAGAAGACACUCCGAGUGGAGCCACCUCAGCUGCCACGGAAGGUGGUGGAGGAGGAGAAGGGCACGGUGAGAAGAGGACUACAACGCAAGCUCGCCGAGAAGAAGGCAAAGCAGAAGCGUCGCCGAGGAGAGGAGGAAGAGGAGGACAACGCUGAGGACCUGGUCAAACUCCCUCACACGAAAGUCAAGGGCGUCAAGCGACGGCGUGUCACCGUGGCGGGCCCUUCACGGGGUGCUGGUGCUGCGAGAAAAAGGAAUGGCGUUUCUGCGGUGGUUAGUAAAGAUGCAGGCGAGGACAAGAAGCGACAGCGUGGACGACGGCGACUAGACGAGGAGGUGGAGAGCGAGAAGAUGGUGGCCGAGAAGAGGAAGGACGAGGAGGUGGUGGAUGAGAAGGACGAAAAGGUGAAGAUUGACAAAUUUGCGAUCGAGAAGCUGAAAGACGAAGAGGUGAAGGACGAGAAGCUGGACGACGAGAGGCUGGGCGUCGAAAAGCUGGAGGUCUUUCAGGUGAAGAAUGAGGAGGCUGUGAAUGGAAAGCUGAAGGACGAUAAGAUGAAAGAGGAGAAGGCUGUGAACGAGAAGCUGAAGGACGAAGACGUGGAGGAAGAGAAGGUGGUCGACGAGAAGCUGAAGGACUUAAAGAUGGCGGUGGACGAGAAGUCGAAUAACGAGAAGGUGACGCACGACGUGACGGACGAACAGCUGAAGGAUGAGAACGAGGCCAGGGAAGAGAAUCAUGAUGAAGCUGUAGGCGCUGCCGGCUGA